GCGUGAGAGAGGAAGAUAGAGAGAAAGUAUGGACGAGCGAUAGAGUGACAUCAGCCGGUGUUGGUCCUCUCGACGCCUAUUGACAACCGUCGACUCACGCCGGUACGCACGUGAGGAGGCUAAGGACAGCCGAAACACGUUAGGCUAUCCGUGACACGUCCGUGCAAGAGUGACUUUUGGAGUGUCGAGUUCUCCCUGCAAACGAAUGCCGUCGUCCCUUUGCUCCAGCAUUCUUUUAAAUGACUGUGAAUAGGCAUAACGAUGGUAGAUACACAACACUUUUGCCUGCGAUGGAAUAAUUACCAGAGCAGCAUCACAUCGGCAUUCGAAAAUCUCCGAGAUGACGAGGAUUUCGUGGACGUCACGCUGGCAUGCGAUGGCAAAAGUCUCAAAGCACAUCGGGUCGUUCUUUCAGCCUGCAGUCCUUACUUCAGAGAGCUUCUCAAGAGCACACCGUGUAAACACCCGGUGAUAGUACUGCAAGAUGUAGCAUUUAGUGAUUUGCAUGCUUUGGUGGAAUUUAUCUACCACGGCGAAGUAAACGUCCACCAUCGCUCUCUCAGUAGUUUUCUGAAAACCGCCGAAGUUCUCAGGGUGUCCGGAUUAUCGCAACAGGCUGACCAAUCAAACAGGGAUGAGCUAUCGCACGUGCGGGCGCUCGCGGCCGGAGCCGGAAGCGGCCCCAACUACCUACCGCCCCCACACGAGAAGCUGGCCGACGAGGGCUUCCCUCGGGGCCGCUCGACUCCCUCGUCCUGCGCAGCCUCCCCGGCGACGGUCCAGCAGCUACUGCGCCAGGCGCAGAUCCGACGCAACGAGAGGCGCAGCCCCGACCUGCACGACGAGUCGAUCAAACGGCCCCGGGACCUCUCGCCGCCCCUCAACAAUAACGACGCCACGCCGACCGACUUCUCCAUGGUAAAGAGCAACCACUUCUCCUCCAAGAUCGAGGGCAACGGGCUCCACGAGGAGAACGGACGCCUCGAGGACGGCAUCAAAUGCGAGCCCCUCGAGCUUACCGGCGGCAACGGGGGCAACACCGGUAACGGGGGCGGGGGCGUCGGUAUCGGCGGCGUAGGCCUCAACGUUAACAACGAGGACAGCUCGGACUCGGGUGCGGCGGCCUCCGACCGGCCGCCCGCCUCCGCCAGCAGCAACGAGCACGACAACGAGCCCGAGCACCUCUCCACGCCCAACUACAUGGCCGAUAGUAAACUCUUCGCCUCGACGCCCGGUAGCUUCAACUUCAGCAUGGCCGCCCUCACCACCGACCACACGCCACUCUCAGUGAAAUUUCCAGGCUUGGGACACGGGCUACAGACGCCGGACCUAGCCGGAACUUCGCAAGACCAGGAGGUCACUGAGGAGGAUGGGGCUUGGCAGUCCAACCCUAAGAUGCACGACAGCGACAUCCAUGUAGCGCAGCAAAGUUUUCAACUUAAUUACCACCUGAAAGAGCAAAACGCUCAGGAGAUGAUCGACAUUUUUGACGACAUCAAGGAUCAGAUGCAGAUCGUAUUGAAGUCGGAGCCCCUAUCCCCGAGCUCCAUUAGCUGCGAUGACAUUGAGUCCUGUCUGACAAUGGUGCACGACAACGUCAACGCUCCCCAAAAGGAGUCUGUCGAUUCGCAAUGCCAAAACCCGUGUUCUCCAAAUCGAAGGAGGGAGCGCAGUGCAUCGGCAUCGGCCGGUCGCCAAUGUCAGAGGAAAGGCGAGAGGAUUAAAAAAGGUGUCAUUAGUAAUGGUACUUACUGCGAGAUUUGCCAGAAGAGCUUUUCAAGGGCUUGGUCCUUGCAGAGGCACAUGGCGGAUACACACUUUUACAUACCGCAGUCGUUGGUCUGCGACAUUUGCGGUAGAUAUUACAAGUCGAAAAAUAGCUUGAUCAGCCACAAGAGUCAGUAUCACACGAGAAAAGAUCGCAAGGAACACGAAGCUUAGUUAUUGGAGUUUAUUUAUUUAAGUCUUUUUGUAAUUAGUGGUCAAGCCUACUAUGACACG